AGAGUGAGGACGAGUACAGCGACGAUGACGACAUGAGCUGGAAGGUGCGCCGAGCAGCAGCCAAGUGCAUGGCCGCCCUGAUCAGCUCUCGGCCGGACCUCUUGCCCGACUUCCACUGUACUCUGGCACCAGCACUCAUCCGCCGCUUCAAGGAACGGGAGGAGAACGUCAAGGCAGACAUCUUCGGGGCUUACAUCAAGUUGCUGCGACAUACACGGCCCCCAAAGGGAUGGCUAGAGGCCGUGGAGGAGCCCACCCAGACAGGCAGCAACCUCAACAUGCUGCGGGCACAGGUACCCCUAGUGAUAAAGGCCCUGCAGCGGCAACUUAAGGAUCGGAAUGUUCGGACCCGCCAGGGCUGCUUCUACCUCCUCACCGAGCUGGCAGGCGUCCUCCCUGGCAGCCUGGCAGAGCACAUGCCAGUGCUGGUUUCAGGCAUCGUCUUUUCGCUGGCUGACCACUCCAGCUCCUCCACCAUUCGGAUGGAUGCCCUGGCCUUCCUACAGGGGCUUCUGGGUACGGAGCCAGCUGAGGCCUUCCACCCACACCUGCCCACCCUCCUACCACCUGUGAUGUCCUGCGUGGCUGACCCUUUCUACAAGGUGGCAGCUGAGGCCUUACUGGUGCUCCAGGAGUUGGUGCGGACCCUGUGGCCACUGGAUAGCCCUCGGCUGCUGGACCCCGAGCCAUACGUUGGAGAGAUGUCCACAGCUACCCUGGCACGACUCCGUGCUACUGACCUAGACCAGGAGGUGAAGGAACGGGCCAUCUCUUGUGUGGGCCACCUUGUGGGUCACCUUGGUGACCGGCUUGGGGAUGACCUAGAGCCCACGCUUAUGCUUCUCUUGGACCGCCUACGGAAUGAGAUCACCCGGUUGCCAGCUGUCAAGGCGCUGACCCUGGUGGCUGUGUCCCCAUUGCGACUUGACCUGCAGCCCAUCCUGGCCGAGGCACUGCCUAUCCUGGCUUCAUUUCUGCGCAAAAAUCAGCGGGCACUGCGGCUGGCCACGCUGGCUGCCCUGGAUGCUCUGGCUCAGAGUCAAGGCCUCGGCCUGCCUCCGCCUGCUGUGCGGGCUGUGCUGGCUGAGCUGCCGGCUCUGGUCAGCGAGAACGAUAUGCAUGUGGCCCAGCUGGCCGUCGACUUCCUCGCCACUGUGACCCAGGCCCAGCCCUCCUCUCUGGUGGAAGUCAGCGGACCUGUUCUGGAGGAGCUAAUGCAGUUGCUGCACUCACCCUUGCUGCCUGCUGGGGUGCUGGCAGCCACUGAAGGCUUCCUACAGGCGCUGGUGGGCACCCGCCCUCCGUGUGUGGAGUAUGCUGAGCUCAUUAGCCUGCUCACUGCACCCGUUUAUAACCAGGCUGAGGAUGGAGGACCCGGCCUGCACAAACAGGUGUUCCACUCCCUGGCCCGGUGUGUGGCUGCCCUCUCAGCUGCCUGCCCCCAGGAGGCGGCGGGCACUGCCAGCCGCCUGGUCUGUGAUGCCAGGUCGCCCCACUCAAGCACUGGGGUCAAAGUCUUGGCAUUCCUGUCACUGGCUGAGGUGGGCCAGGUGGCUGGGCCAGGCCCCCAGAGAGAGCUGAAGACCGUGCUUCUGGAAGCCUUGGGAUCUCCCAGUGAGGACGUGAGGGCUGCAGCCGCGUAUGCCCUGGGCCGUGUGGGUGCUGGCAACCUGCCUGACUUUCUGCCCUUCCUGCUGGCACAGAUUGAGGCCGAGCCCCGGCGACAGUACCUGCUGUUGCAUUCACUCAGGGAGGCCCUGGGGGCCGCCCAGCCUGACAACCUGAAGCCCUAUGUUGAGGAUGUCUGGGCACUGCUCUUUCAGCGCUGUGAGAACCCCGAGGAAGGCACUCGGUGUGUGGUGGCUGAGUGCAUCGGGAAGCUAGUGUUUGUGAACCCUCCCUUCCUCCUGCCUCGAUUCCGGAAACAGCUUGCUGCAGGUAAGCCAUACACCCGGAGCACGGUCAUCACUGCAGUCAAGUUCCUCAUCUCAGACCAGCCACACCCCAUUGACCCCCUCCUGAAGAGCUACAUUGCAGAGUUCAUGGAAAGCCUGCAGGACCCAGACCUGAACGUGCGCCGGGCCACACUCACUUUCUUCAACUCAGCUGUGCACAAUAAGCCGUCAUUGGUCCGGGACCUGUUGGAUGACAUCCUACCCCUCCUCUACCAGGAGACCAAGAUCCGCCGGGACCUCAUCCGAGAGGUGGAGAUGGGGCCCUUCAAGCAUACAGUAGAUGAUGGGCUAGACGUGAGGAAGGCAGCCUUCGAGUGCAUGUACUCGCUGCUGGAGAGCUGCCUGGGCCAGCUGGACAUCUGCGAGUUUCUGAACCACGUGGAGGACGGGCUGAAGGACCACUAUGACAUCCGAAUGCUGACCUUCAUCAUGCUGGCCCGGCUGGCCACCCUUUGUCCUGCACCUGUCCUGCAGAGGGUAGACCGGCUCAUCGAGCCACUCAAAGCCACCUGUACUGCCAAGGUCAAGGCUGGUUCUGUGAAGCAGGAGCUGGAGAAGCAGGAUGAGUUGAAGCGCUCAGCAAUGCGGGCAGUGGCUGCCCUGCUGACCAACCCUGAGGUACGGAAGAGCCCCAGUAUGGCCGAUUUCUCUACCCAGAUCCGAUCCAACCCAGAACUCACCACCCUCUUCGAGAGCAUCCAGAAAGAUUCAGCCUCUGGUCCCAGCAUGGAUUCUAUGGAACUCAGUUAGCUGUCCCCAACACGAGCCUCCCUCUCCCACGCCCAUAGGCCUUGGCCUCUCCUGCCCUUCCCAGUCAGCCUCAGUGCCUUUGUUAGGGCCCCUUCUCACAGGCCUCAGCCCCAGUGCCAGAGCUGGGCCCGUUAACUCAGGACAGUCAUUCACAGAUGGGGUAAUGGUCCACCCCAUUUACACUUGACACUGCUCCUCUCCACUUGUUUAGAAGCCAGCAUUGGAUUAUAGGAGUUGUCUUCCUGCUUGAUUUACUCUGGACUCCAAAUGUCAGAGAUCGGUGCCCUGGCCAAGAGUAGGGCUGUGUAGAGCCCAGGGAAGCUCUGGGCCUGGGCCCAGGAGACCCAGUUUAUGCUUCCUAAAACUCAGAACACCUCAUUUCUAAGAAUUGUUUCCAGGGAAGAUGGCAUGGAUCACUAGACAGGCUUGGGCCUGCCGUGUGAACCAUCUCUAACCUCACCACCAAGGCGUGUAACAGUUUGUGUUCUUCCCAAGGUGUGUAGUGGUUAGUACUGAAAGUCCAAAUCUCAAUGACAGACACCCCCCCACCCCCCAAGCAGCGGUUUGUGUAGCCAGGCUGUUGUGGAACUCACUCUGUAGACCAGGCUGGCCUAGAGAUCCCUCUACUUCUGCCUGGGAUUAAAGGCUGGCUGAGGUCGGUUUGUGAUCUGAAUAAAGAACAGAUUUAACAUUCUCA